AUGGAAAGACAGAAACUGUGUCGCAGUUGCAUAAUCCUGAGGGAAAGACUCGAGAAGUUUUUGCUGGAGAAAGGGGCAGACCAGCUGUCUAUUGAAAAUAUAAUUUCAAGGUAUCCAAAGUCCAUUACUCUCCGUUUCAAAGACAUAGCUGAAGUUUGGGAUCUGUGGCAAAGUGUCUUGCAAACAGAGGCAGCCAUCUUGAUGAUCAUUGAACGCUCUCCGGAGUCCUUCUUCCGAUCAGGCGGUGUUGAGAAGUUGUCCGAAAACCUUUCCUUGCUCUAUUCUCUUGGGUUGACACCCAAAAUUCUGAGGGAGCUCGUGGUCAAGUCACCGCGGACAUUGUCUUACAGCGUUGAACUCAACAAAAAUAAGGUGGCCUUUCUGCGAGAGCUCUGUGUGCACAUGGGAGGGGAAGACCCCGAUGAUUUUGUCAGGCAGGUCAUCACCAGUAAUAUUUUUAUCUUAACAAGAAGUACAAAGAGAUUGAAGGCCAAUAUAGAGUCCAUACAGUCCCUCAUGAAGUUGGAGAACCAGGACCUGCUCUCUUGGCUCCAAGGUGAAGCGGCUCACGUUCUCAACUUAUGCAAUAUGUACCUCGAAGAAAAUUUUUUACACAUUCAUCAGAAAAUGCAAUCUUUAGGUUAUCUGGAGGAGGAUGUGACCAACUACAUUAUUAAAUGUCCAAGCGUCCUGCUCCUAUCGCCUAAUGUCUUCACCUGCAAGAUCAACCUGCUUCUAGAUUGUGGUAUUGAAACUCUAAGAAUACUUGACACUCAUUCCUUGUUAGAAGUCAGUUUGCCCACCUUAAGAAACAAGGUUAAAGUGUUGGAACAACUUGGAUAUAACUUCAAGAGCAAUGGCCCUGGCAUUUUGGUGCUGAGUAAGUCAAGAUUUGUACCCAAGCUGGAGAAGUUGGCCAAAUUGCAAACCUGA